UUUUAAAUAUAAGUUUAUAAUAAAAUGUUGCAAUUUAAAAAAAAAGUUUCAAUUUAAUACAAUCACAAAUACAUGACAUAAACAUAUAUUUCAGUUACCAUAAAACACUCUUGCACUUAAUAAUCCAUUUUUAUUUAAUUGUAAAUAACAUAAAAUUGUUGUAAAAAUAAAAAAAAACAAUCUUGCUCUUUAAUUGCACCUAUCAGCUCAUAUUUCUGUAUUCAGUGUGAAGUCCAGUUUCAUCACCACUGUUUAUUUUGGAUGUUAGCAAAGGCCAGCAAACCAGUUAUGUUUGCUCGUUGUCUUCACACUACAGUUGUCACCACAAGUGUUUUUGUUCCCUCCUUAUCAUGUGACAGUUUCCUUUGGAGAAGUGAUAUAGAUGUUGUCAUUGCAUUCUAUAAAUCUUCUGACCACUGUCUGUUCACGGUGAAUGGGACGUGCAUUAGUGAAAGGCAAAAGCAGCUUUGUUUCCAGCUUUAGCAGCAGGGUUUUCACCAGAUGGUUCUGAUCAACACUCGGACUGGAGCUGUGUAGACCACCAGAGAAUACUAGAGCAAGACCAAGACCUCCUCAGAAGCAGCUGGUCUGGACGACCGUCCCAUUCCCAUCAUCGAAGGACAUCCGUCAGUCCAGACCGCACCAGGAGCCUCUCUUUGGAGAAUGAGCCACCUGUGACUUUCCUGGUCCGCAGCUCUGCCCUGGAAGACCUGACAUCUGUUGGGGAGAGGAUUGUAGAAGCCACGGCUCCUUACAGCGAGACCCUUCAGGAAGAGGAAGAAAUGUCUUUUUACAGCAAUGAGAGCCAUGUCAAAGAAGAAAAUCUUCCGGCAUGGGCCAGCCGGGCUCAGACAACUCUCACUGAAUAUACACCUUCUGAAACCAAAGAACAUAGUUUUACAAAAACUCUACCUCAUGAACCCAUGGAAGCAAUGGGCAAAGUGCAGGAGAAAGUUGAUGCUGCGUUUUCAGGGGGUAAUCACAACGUUAUAGUUCCCGCCAAAGAUGCAGAGACCAAAAAGACAGAAGCCCCUCCUUCCUCUACAAGUACAAUUGGCUCUUCAAAAGGUGUCCACGUCUCCCCGGCAAGAAAAUCCCUGGUGCCGGUGGCUCAGUUCAAAGCUCAGUCCAAGACCAAUGGUGAUGCAGAGAAGAGGACCCCUAAAAACAGUAAAGUGAGACCCUCUUUCCAUAAAACACCUUCCUCCAUCCCGAAAAAGGCCCUGACUUCCUCUUGUAGAUCUCCAUCAGUACCUGCCACCAGUUCUGGUCCCAAAGAAUCCAUGCCAAGAGCUAGCAGUAGACCUCAUGCUGCCGGUUCAAAGAUUCCUGCCAUGUCUGCAGUUGCCAAAAACGGAAAAGACUCUCCAAAGACCCCAGAGACCAGUGGGCACAGCAGCCCCGGGAUUCUCAAAUCCCCUGCCAGCAACGCUGCGGGAGGCAGGUCUCCAAGCACAGGAAAUGAAAUCAAGAAGGUCGCAGUGAUUCGCUCGACCCCUAAGUCUCCGAAGAACCGCUCACCCACUUCCCUUUCGGCCGCUGCCCCCCUCCCUGAUCUGAAGAACAUACGCUCCAAAGUCGGCUCCACUGACAACUUGAAGCACCAGCCUGGAGGCGGCCGGGUACAAAUUCUUGAUCAGAAGGUGGAUUUCAGUAAUGUUCAGUCUAAGUGUGGCUCCAAAGCAAACCUCAGGCAUGUACCAGGAGGUGGAAAUAUUCAAAUUCUCGAUCAGAAGUUGGACUUAAGUAAUGUGCAGUCUAGGUGUGGUUCCAAAGAUAAUAUGAAACAUGUACCCGGAGGUGGAAAAGUGCAAAUCCUCCACAAAAAGAUUGACCUGACCAAUGUGCAGUCAAAGUGUGGAUCGAAAGACAACAUUCGCCACAAACCAGGUGGAGGAAACAUUGAGAUCAGGUCUGAGAAGCUUGAAUUCAAGGCUCAGUCAAAGAUCGGAUCUAUGGACAACAUUAAACACACACCUGGAGGAGGCAGCAGGAGGAUUGAGUCACACAAACUGACGUUUCGUGAGCAGGCCAAAGCGCGAACCGACCAUGGUGCAGAAAUCGUGUCUCUAGAGGAGUCACCACAUGGCCUGAGCACCGUCUCUUCUUCUGGCAGUAUCAACAUGGCAGACCCCCCGCAGCUUUCCACCCUCGCUGACCAGGUGUCUGCAUCGCUGGCCAAGCAGGGCUUGUGAUUGGACCAUACUGCCACCAAACCCCGCCCCCUCCCGACCACAUACCUGAUGGUAUUCUAACCUCUCUCUGAAAGUCAUUUUGUGGCCCAGAAAACAACGCCAAGUAACUUUUAGCACUCACUGUUCGACUUUGUAAUACUUAAGAUUCAUUAAAGGCCAAUGAAGCUGUUUGAACUGUGAAUUAUGUAGGAAUUUGCCUGUUCACUUGCCCUUCACUUUAAGCCAAUGCCCUCAGUUGGAAUUAAAUAAUUGGAAAUUUCCUCCAACCACCCUCCCUUGACUAUAUUUAGUAGCACUAAAUUAAUUUAAUGUAUUUGUAUGGCUUUUAUUGACCAUUAUAUUUUUCCUUAGACAUGCUAUUUUUCGGUUACUAGUGGAUUUAGGACAGUUCAUACCGAACCCAUUUUCACUUUCAGAUAGGACUGUUCUCAUUUUUAAAUCAGGUUAAAUGUUAUGAAAACACUUUUUUUCUGUGUGCCUACAGUCUUAAAAUAUUGAUUUGAAUUAUGUCAGUGCUUCAUUGAAAAUGCCUCUCCUUUUUUUUUUUGCUUGUUCCCGAAAUUGACAAUUAUCAAAACAUUGAACUUGCACUUUUAUUUUUUUUUACAUAAACAUAAAACAAAAUUAUCUUCCAACUGCAGCUACGUAUUUUAACCAAGAUGAACAUUUUCUGUUUUGUACAGUUUUAUUGGUGACACUACAAUGAGGUUCAAUUUGUUCAUGAAAUAACAACAGAUAAUACUUUUACAGCAUUUAUUAAUCUCGAUAAAUGUUCAUUUCUACAUAUACUAAUGCAUUAUAGCAUUUUUUUGUUAACAGCAAUAGGAAAUAAAUUGACCAGUAUUAAAAAUUGCUGUUAAAAAUGGCUUUUUUUUUAUUAUACAUUGACUAGCGUUAUUGUAAAGUGUUAUUGUUUUAUUAAUGACAGGUUACAUGUGAGAAAUCUGGUCAUUCUUUGAAAUAUCUUGUGGAAACCUAUGCACCUGUAAACUUUCUCCAUAAUACUGCCAACAGUUCCUCUCAUUCUCAACAUCUAGCUCUAGUUGAGAAAGAAUUAAUGAGAUGCAUUGCCAAACUGUUCUUCUUUAGACACACACUUUAUUAUAAAUUGGCCUACUACUUUUACAAUAUUGUGUAUUGUAUUCUUCACGAAAAGCAUCACUCAAGCACAAGCAUGCUGUUAAACUUUGAUCUGACCACAUCAUCCGCUUCCACUACUAUAGCUGUAAAAUCUUAUGUCAAGGUAUUCUGUUUUCCUGAAUGAUGAUGUAAUGAACUCAGCCAAUCAUAUGGCUUAAAUUCUCUCUCCUGCACUGCACUAUCGCAGAAUGUUUAAUAAGCUUUGAACCACUUCACACUAUCUUUGCUCCUUGCAUGCAUUUCAUGUAAGCAGCUCGAGAUACUGCGUUCACCUCUUACAAGCCUACAUGCGUAUAUCCCGUAAUGGCUGAUGUGCUAAUUAGGAAUCUUUGUAGAUAGUAGUGAAAAAGAGCACUACUCAGAUGGCAGCCCCUGUUUCUUUGUGUUGGAGAUGGAGACGUGUAUCUACCAUUAUAUUUUAAUGUAUGCUUACUGUAUGUUUUUGACUGUAUGUUUAUAUGAGGAGAUUUAAAUAAUAAAAAUAAAAAAAAAACAGAUAAGUUCAGAAACCAUGCCUGCAACAUUUUAAUAUGCAUGCUGAGUUUAUACAUGGAUUGGCAACAUGUUUCUGAACAUUUUCUGACUACGGAAGGUUGUGAGAGUUUAGACAGAGGAAAAUACUGUUUGUUAUGUUUGUAAUGUUGUGUUGAGGGGGGAACUGUGUUAAUCGGACGUAAAGAGGGAAGGAAAGUCAGUCGUUCCUAGGGUUUAAAUGUCUCACUCUGUAGCACACCUGUAACAUAGUUCUGGGUGCAGUUUUGCGAUCCUGUUGUCAUUGACUCCACACACCAUUUUUGCAGUUGUAAAUUUUAGCUUGGGAACUGUGGUUGUCAAUAUUGUUUGUGUGUUUUAUUAAUAACUGGUUUACAAUGAUUCUUGUUGAUGUUCACGUGAAUUUGGAAAUAAAGGAUAUUAACCAAU